UCUACUGACACAAAGGAGCUCUGUCUGGGGAAGGCAGCCGCUUGACACGCCGCCGGCCGGCUGCCCGCCCGCCCGCCCUCGGGAGGAGCCGGGUGGAGACCCGGGCGGGUGGCCGGCAGCAGCCACAGCUAGGAGUUGCCUGGGUCCUUGCCGGAGUGUGCUGGAUGUUUGAGACAGAGGCAGAUGAGAAGGAGAUGCCCCUGGAUAAGGGGAAGGGGCCAGGUGCUGAGGAACUCCCACCCAGCAAAGACCCCUCUCCCAGCCAGGAGCUUCCUCCAGGUCAAGACCUCCCACCCAGCAAAGACCCCUCUCCUGGCCAGGAGCUUCCUACAGGACAAGACCUCCCACCCAGCAAAGAUCCUUCUCCCAGCCAGGAGCUUCCUACAGGACAAGACCUCCCAGCCAGCAAAGACCCCUCUCCCAGCCAGGAGCUUCCUCCGGGUCAAGACCUCCCACCCAGCAAAGACCCCUCUCCCAGCCAGGAGCUUCCUCCGGGUCAAGACCUCCCACCCAGCAAAGACCCCUCUCCCAGCCAGGAGCUUCCUCCGGGACAAGACCUCCCACCCAGGAAGGACUCUUCUUUGGGGCAAGAAGCAGCUCCUGGCCCAGAGUCACCAUCCAGUGAAGACACAGCUACCUGCCAAGAGCCCCCUCAAAGCCCAGAAACCUCAACAAGUAAGAACUCCCCACUGCACCAGGGAUCUCCUCCAACCACAGAACUCCCAUCUUGCCAGGACCUUCCUGCUGGUCAAGGAUCCACCCCUAGCCAGGACCCUCUGCUCAGUCAAGAGCCCCCUGUCAUCCCAGAACCCUCUGCCUCAGUCCAGAACCUUCCACCCUCUCAGGAGUCACCUCCCAGCCAGGGCUCCACACCGGAGAAGGCCCUUGAGGAACAGGCCAUCAGCUCUGGGGAGCUGCCAGCAGCCACCGCAGCUGUACCUCCAGCCUCCAGGCCCAACUUUGUGAUCCCUGAGGUCCGGCUGGAUAGCGCCUACAGCCAACAGGAUGGGGCCCAUGGGGGCAGCUCUGGCGAGGAUGAAGAUGCAGAAGAAGGAGAGGAAGGGGAAGAAGGGGAGGAAGAUGAGGAGGAAGACACCAGCGACGACAACUAUGGGGACCGUAGUGAGGCCAAGCGCAGCAGCCUGAUUGAGACUGGCCAAGGUGCUGAGGGCGGCUUCUCAUUGCGCGUGCAGAACUCGCUGCGGCGCCGGACGCACAGCGAGGGCAGCCUGCUGCAGGAGGCCCGUGGGCCCUGCUUUGCCUCUGACACCACCUUAAACUGCUCUGAUGUCGAGGGCACCACGUCUACCUGGGCCAUCCCUUCACCCCGCACCCUUAAAAAAGAACUGGGUCGUAAUGGAGGCUCCAUGCACCACCUUUCCCUGUUCUUCACUGGACACAGGAAGAUGAGUGGCACUGACCUCGGGGAUGAUGAUGAAGCCUCCCGGAAGAGAAAGAGCAAAAACAUAGCCAAGGACAUGAAGAAUAAGUUGGCUAUCUUCAGGAGGCGAAAUGAAUCUCCGGGGGCCCAGCCAGCCAGCAAGACAGACAAGACAACAAAGUCCUUCAAGCCUACCUCGGAGGAAGCCCUCAAAUGGAGCGAGUCUCUGGAGAAGCUGCUGCUUCACAAAUAUGGCUUAGAAGUGUUCCAGGCCUUCCUUCGCACUGAGUUCAGUGAGGAGAACCUGGAGUUCUGGCUAGCUUGUGAGGACUUCAAGAAGGUCAAAUCACAGUCCAAGAUGGCAGCCAAAGCCAAGAAGAUCUUUGCCGAAUUCAUCGCGAUCCAGGCUUGCAAGGAGGUAAACCUGGACUCAUACACACGAGAACACACCAAGGACAACCUGCAGAGUGUCACGCGAGGCUGCUUUGACUUGGCACAAAAACGUAUCUUUGGGCUCAUGGAAAAGGACUCAUACCCUCGCUUCCUCCGCUCUGACCUCUACCUGGACCUCAUUAACCAGAAGAAGAUGAGCCCCCCGCUCUAGGGACCACCAGUAUCCAGCUCAGCGUUCACACCAAGCGGAGCGGGCUCCCUGCCCAUCCGCCUCCCUCCCCUGUGACGGAGGGGGCAAGCGAGCCCCCAAAGGCUGUGUCUCCAGACAGACAGAAGGACAUUUGGAUUCGAGACCUGGACUGAGAGAGACCCAGGCCACGACAGGAGUAGAAGGGCAGGCUGCAUCAGGUCCUCAAUGCUCCGGUACGAGGGGACCAAGGGCUCUGGCAGGCCCAAGCUGGAUCAGGAGCCGUAGCUCCAUGCUUUGGAGAUUCAGAGACUUCAUGCUGACCAAGUUCCUUAGAGAACUGGCUAGGGGAGUCCAAGAGGCCCAGGCCUGGGCUCUGAAGACGCCUUGGGGGCUGUUGGGGCUCACAGCUCAGAUCCUCCCCCAUUGAAUUUUAUUUAUUUAAACUGUAGUUGGAUGCUUGGCACAUGAACUGUAAUAGGAAACCUUUACCCUGUCAGUUUUCUUAACUUACAAGUGCAAUAUCUUAACCAAUGCCUUGUUAAAGCCACCUGGAGGGGUGGCCACCAUCCUGCAGUUUCAGGGCAUUUGCUGGUCCCAGGAACCAGUGGUGGCAGCUGGGCCUUCUAGACUGACAAGGCCUUGGGCGGGGGAGGGACGCUGCAGAAAUCUGGCACCCCCUGGGUGGGUGUCCCCCCCCCCCCCCAAGAGAGCUGGGAAAGCAUAGUGCCCUCCGGCCACACAGUGACAAGUGUUGGAACGAAUAAACGGCCUGUGUUAUUCUCAUU